GUGGAAAUAAUAAAAUUUUAAAUGAAAACCAUAAUUUCAAUAUUUAUGUAUAGCUGUAUGGAGUCUUAAAUUAUUAUAUGACUUAAUAUUUAAAGCAGGUUAUUUUGUUAGACAAAAUGUCCACUCUACGAGAACGGCAAUUAAAUGCUUUAAAGCAAAUGCUAAACUUGAACCAGCCGUUGACCAAAGCCGUUGCAACAGAACCAAGUUGGAAAGUAUUGAUUUAUGAUAGGGUUGGUCAAGAUAUUAUUUCACCUUUAAUUUCUAUAAAAGAACUCAGGGAAUUGGGAGUAACACUGCAUGUGCAACUGCAUUCAGAUAGAGAUCCCAUACCAGAAGUACCUGCUGUUUACUUCUGUUCACCGUCAGAAGAAAAUCUCGGUCGAAUUUGCCAAGAUCUUGACAAUGGUACAUAUGAUCAAUAUCAUCUGAAUUUUAUAUCACCAAUAACAAGGCAGAAACUUGAAGAUCUUGCUGCUUCAGCGAUACAGUCCAAUGCCGCACUGAGCAUUCAUAAAGUUUAUGAUCAAUAUCUCAAUUACAUAUGUUUAGAAGAUGAUUUAUUUAUUAUGAAACAUCAACAAUCUGACCCUCUGUCUUAUUAUGCAAUUAACAAGGGAGAUACAAAGGAUUCAGAAAUGGAGGCAAUUAUGGAUGAUAUUGUAGAAAGUCUUUUUUCAGUAUUUGUCACUUUAGGUAAUGUCCCCAUCAUAAGAUGCAGCAAAGCAAAUGCAGCUGAAAUGGUAGCAAAGAAAUUAGACAAGAAGCUGAGAGAGAAUUUAUGGGAUGCUAGAAAUAAUUUAUUUCAUGGCAACACUGGACAGACUGGUUCCUUCAGUUUUACACGGCCAAUGCUCAUUUUACUGGACAGGAAUAUAGAUAUGGCAACACCUUUGCACCAUACUUGGACCUACCAAGCAUUAGCACAUGAUGUCUUGGAUUUAUCAUUGAAUAGGGCUGUGGUACCAGAAAGUUCAGUAAGUGCAGUACCAGGGCAAAAGUCUAAAACUCGAAUAUGUGACCUAGAUUCCAAAGAUCCUUUGUGGUCGGAACACAAAGGCAGCCCUUUCCCAACGGUAGCUGAGGCUAUACAAGAGGAUUUAGAUAAAUAUAGGAGUUCAGAGGCUGAAGUAAAGAAGUUGAAGAGUUCAAUGGGUUUGGAUGCGGAGAGUGACCUGGCGCUGAGCCUGGUGACUGACAACACGCAGCGGCUCACCAGCGCUGUCAACUCUCUGCCGCAACUCAUGGAGAAGAAGCGGCUCAUUGAUAUGCAUACUACUAUUGCUACAGCCAUACUAAACGCGAUAAAAUGCCGUCGUUUGGAUUCGUUCUUCGAGUUAGAGGAGAAGAUAAUGAGCAAGAGCAGCGCAGUGGAGAGCAAGGCGGUGAUGGACCUGAUCAGCGACGCGGGCGCCGGCACCGCCGAGGACAAGAUGCGGCUCUUCAUCAUCUACUACCUGUGCUCGCCGCAGGUCGCUGAUGAGGAUUACAACAAGUUCGAAGCGGCGCUGCUGGCGGCCAAUUGCGACAUACAGCCCAUGUCUUAUAUGAAGAGAUUGAAAGGUUUCACAAAGAUGUCAAGUCAGUACGAGGGCGGCGGCACUAAGACGGUGUCCAUGUUCUCCAAGCUGGUGUCGCAGGGAUCCUCCUUCGUGAUGGAGGGCGUCAAGAACCUGGUUGUCAAGAAGCAUAAAUUGCCAGUGAGCAGCACAGUGGAGGCGGCGCUGUGCGGCGAGGGCUCGGAGCUGGCGUGGCUGGACCCGCGCGCGGCGCGCACGGACGCCGCCGGCCGCUCGCGCGCCGCGCGCCACCCGCCGCCCACUGACGCCGUAGUCUUCCUCGUUGGCGGCGGCAACUACAUCGAGUACCACAAUCUGCUCGACUUCGCUAAACAACAAGCGACAAGCGGCACACCAAGAAAGUUGAUAUACGGAGCCACGACGUUGCCGAACGCGUCUCAAUUCCUGAAGCAGCUGUCUCUCUUGGGCGAGGAGAUACAGACGUGAACUUUGAACAUUCCUGGUGUAUCGGUUAUUUAAUUGUAAUAUAAUUUAAUAUAUGUAUAAUCUCAA